AUGACCCAAAUACCAAAUAAAGAGAAAAGGGCAGUGAUAAAAAACAUAAAAAAUGGGGGAUUACUUAUAAAGUGUGAUGGAUCUGAAGAUGCCAGCAAAUUGAAGGAGUUGGCUUCAUUGCACCUUGCUGAUGAUUAUGAAGUCAAGGAAGUGAGGAAGUUUAACCCCCGUUUGAAAAUUGUAGGAAUGUCUGAGUGUAUUGACAAAGAUCAGCUCAGUGUUAUACUGAAGUCUCAGAAUAGUGUACUUCAAAAUGAUAUAAAAUCCGGAAAACCGCAUACUAUGGGAGAGAAGUUAAUUUUGCCAGCCGGUGAAGAGGUUUUAAAAACUGUUUUACACAAACCUGCAUCUGAUAUCAUUAAAAGAAUUCCCUUAAGCAACAAUACUGUUGAAAGACGUAUUGAUGAAAUGAGUUCUGAUAUUGAAAGCUUCUUAUGUAAUUAUUUGCAAACGACCCAUUUCUCUAUACAACUGGACAACUGGACGAGUCAACUUUACCUGAUAAUGCAGCAUUAUUAUUGGCAUAUGUUCGUUUUAUUAUGA